CACGCUUCGUUCGGCGUUCCACAGCUCCAUGCUUCUGUCGAAUCCGAAAAUAACGAAUAUUUGACAUAAACCAUUAUAUUGUUUUACACUAAACAUAUUAGCAAAAUAGGAUUUUCUUAAAUUAUAAGUCAUAGCUGUGGUAAAUCCGUGUACUCGGAACGAGUGAAUAAAUUAAUUGAAAUAAAUUCAUUUUUACCGGCGACACUAUCCUACACAUCUUAACUACAUGAAUAAAAAAUGGAAUUCUAAGUCAAAUUAUGAUGCAGCAACACAGAAGACGAAUAAUAUACUCAUCUAAUUAUAAACAUAAAAUGUAAAUAAAUAAAUGUGCCUUCAUUAUUAGGAGAGUGCUAUUCGCUGAAUUAUUCCGUGUGGCGUACAUUUUUGGUGAAUUCUAGUGGUUGUAGUGUACGUGGAACGAUGGAUUUCUGGUGUUUUACAUUCAGCCUAUUACUCUUCCAAUCGUCGGCGUCGUGGUGCAGCGCAAAGCAUUUAGCACUAGAUAAUAUGCUGAGAGUGGAGUAUCCCGAUCGCAACUUGGAAAAAGAAGUCCAGGAUAGCAUAGAGCACCUAAUACAUACAGGUAUCUACUCGCAUCAGCACCUGGAUACAUCGCAAGUCCAAGUGGUGACCCCAGUGAAGGUGACACACGACGGCAAGCUGGUCUCGCACGCGUUGGAGCACGCGCAUGAGCACGGGCACGCGCGGGCGCGCCGCGACCUGUUCCACACCGAACACCGGUUACAGCACUCGCUCCACUACAACCUCACGGUAGCCGGACGGGAUCUUAGGCUGGACCUGCGGCCGUCCGUAACUUUCAUAACGCCCGCAAUGAUUGUGGAGCGGCACUAUGCAGAGCGCCGUACACGAGAAACACCAAAAUUGGAAACCACAUCCUGCCACUAUAUUGGAACUAUAAGGGGACAACCAGACUCAAGUGUGGCGAUAUCCGCCUGCGAUGGAAUUGCUGGACAUUUACGUACUGAGUAUGGAGAAUACUGGAUAGAACCGUCAAAUAAAACUUCCGUUAAUGGUUCUCUAGGUAGACCACAUGUAAUAUUCAAAAGAUCGGCCGUAGACAAAGUCAAAGCUUAUCACAGAACAAAAAGAGAUAUACACAGUCAAUCAGACGCGCAUAUUUCGUGUAGUAAAAGUAUGCUUGAACAACAUUUGAAACGUAAUGAACAUACAAAAAGGAAUAUUGAAGACAGAAAAACAUUAGAACGCCAUAGAAAAAAAUAUAUAAACGGAAUAGAAGAAAGGCGAAGACGACUUGAAGCUUUGAGACGAAAUCCUACUGAAUAUCGGAGACAACAGACUAGAUUACGAAUGGAACAAAGGAGACUAAAUAACUUAUCUAAAAGUUAUUCUUCACAAUCAAGUAAGUCCUUCGAAAACUCUGUAGUAAGAAACAAAAGUCGAAAUAAGUUAAACGAACCAAGAUUACGACGUAAGAAUAGACGAAGAAGAAAUAGGCGAUCAAAAAAUUGCGCAACGAAGCAACCACCAUACCAAUGGAAAAUUAAAAAUUUGCAAAGGCAUGAGAUUGAAGAGCAUAAAUCUAAGACUUUUAAGGAUUACAAAAGAUAUCAGCAACGUACACAAUCACGUUAUAGUAAUAUGGAAGAAUCAAGGCGAAAUACAAGGUCCGUCAGUAAACCUAGACAUGUAGAGGUGCUACUUGUCGCCGACAAAACUAUGACAGAUUUUCACGAAAAAGCCAAAUUACAGGAGUAUCUACUUACAAUAAUGAACAUGGUGUCUUCGUUAUAUAUGGAUCCCACUAUUGGCAACUACAUUAAGAUAGUCGUUGUGAAAAUAAUUCUUAUUGAAGAAGAACACACGAAUUCUAAACUGUCAGUGUCUUCGAAUGCGGACAUAACUCUAGCAUCUUUUUGUAACUGGCAACAACAACAGAACCCUUACAGUGAUAAAGACCCACAUCAUCAUGAUGUUGCAAUCCUUAUUACUAGACAAGACAUCUGCAGUGUACAUGACGCUCCUUGUAGCACUUUGGGCGUGGCACACGUAGCAGGGAUGUGCAGACCUGACAGAAGUUGCUCCGUUAAUGAAGAUAAUGGCAUCAUGUUAGCGCAUACCAUUACCCACGAGCUGGGACACAAUUUUGGCCUAUACCACGACACUGAGAAAAUCGGUUGCCACCGACGUGAAGGUUCGACGCUGCAUAUCAUGACACCGAUCUUUGAAGCCGACACUCGUCAGGUAGCCUGGUCACGGUGCAGCAAGCGGGAUGUCACCAACUUUCUAGAUGCUGGUUUAGGAGAAUGUUUGAGUGACACACCAUCCCAAGAAGAAUACGAGUAUCCGGAAGUUCCAGCUGGAGUCAUGUUUGAUGCGGCAACGCAAUGUCACCUACAAUUUGGCUCUGAAGCAGUAAUAUGUGCGAAACCAAUGGAACUGUGUGAACACCUGUGGUGCCUUGUCAACGAUACUUGCAAGACAAUGCUGCGGCCGGCCGCACCGGGCACGACAUGUGGACCUAAUAUGUGGUGCCAGAACCAAACGUGUGUGCCUCGCACCGCCUCCCCCCAACCCCGUAACGGCGGGUGGGGUCCGUGGAGUGAGUGGAGCGAGUGCUCUCGCACGUGUGGCGCCGGAGUCUCUACACAGUCGCGAGAAUGCAACAAUCCUAAGCCCUAUAACAAUGGCGAUUACUGCAUCGGAGCCAGGAGUCGAUACAAAAUAUGUAACACAGACCCGUGUCCCAAUAAUGAACCUACCUUUAGAGAAGUACAGUGCGCCCAAUACAAUAAUAAAACAUAUAAGAACAUGACCUACUCAGAAUGGAUUCCAUAUUUUGAUCAAGAUAGACCAUGUGAGUUGAAGUGUGUACCGUACGAUGAAAGUGAGUUGGAAAUAGCAGGAGGAUUCGUUAUCGAUGGCACACCGUGCAGACAAAACCCAGGAGCCAGAGAUAUGUGCAUAGCUGGUGUCUGCUAUAAAGUCGGCUGCGAUUGGAUCGUCGACUCCGUAAAGGAAGUCGAUGCAUGCGGCGUCUGUGGAGGUAACGGCUCUGCCUGUAAGACUGUACAAGGAAUCUACAACAAGGGUACGACCAGACAAUCCGGACACAGCGAGGUUGCCGUCAUUCCAGCAGGAUCAAGAAACGUAAAAAUCCAAGAGAAAAUUAGCCCUGGUAAUUACCUUGCAAUUGCAAGUGCGAAUUCCAAGAAAGUGUACAUUAACGGAGCAAGAAAUAACAUGAUGACUGAAUAUUUAGUAGCAGGAUCUCAAGCUAUUUACGAACGAGACCGCGAUUGGGAAAAAGUAAGAAUACAAGGCCCCAUCGCGGAAGAUAUUAAAGUUUAUCAACGUUUAUGUCGCGGUCUCCACCGUAACCCUGGCGUAACAUAUCAGUAUACGGUAGACCGGAAACGACAAAAGCAGUUCAAAUACCAACUGUCCAAGUGGUCCGCCUGCUCUGUCACCUGCGACGUUGGCUAUAUGAGACGACACUUAGAGUGUGUCGAUCAAAAUGAUCGUAUCGUGGAUCAAUCACAGUGCUACCAUAUUGAGCAACCUCGCCACGCAGCCCUAAUGCAGCAGUGUCACCAACCGAGCUGCCCACAGCCUCCAACGACGUCGUUAGCAACCCAAUCUUCAAAUGUGUUCUGGCACGUAUCGUUAUGGAAGCCGUGCCCUAAAGCAUGUUACAUGCCGGGUGAAGAGGUAAUUAAACAACGGCCAGUGCAUUGCGUGGACAGAUUAACGAAUACUGUUAUAGACGAUGUAUAUUGUGAUCUUGCUACUAAGCCGAACAGCACAGUUAAAUGUAAUGUACCAGCAUGUUAGAAUUUGAACGAUAUAGUUUUACGAAUUUAAAAUGUUACCGUGAUUGAAGAAGCAUAACGUAGACACGAAGUGAAACAUCUGAAUCUGUUGUAAUAUACCAAUAGUUAUAAACAGAGUAAUAUGACAAGUAGGAAAUAGAAUAAUACAAGUAUUCCACUGUGUUCUACUAUGUGUUCUACUAUUUUUACUAAGUAUAAUCGUCUAGUUGAGUGAUAUGAAUAAUGAGGUGCAUUCGGGUAAAUAUGAAAGUUUAUUAGAUGUUAGUAUUUUAAUUGACUAGUCAGAUAGGAAAAUUUCAUGUUUUCUAUUUCGGCCGUUUCUCUACCUUAAUAUAUAACUUAUAACUCGAAGUUACACUUCAUAAGCCACUUAUGGUAAUAUCGGUAGAAUAAGGUAACAAAAACUUAGUUUUACAUCCAUUGUAUAUGUUCUUUGCAUAAUUUAUCUAUAUUAGUGAUGCGAUUUUAUUGGAAUAGUUUGUACUCGAAAGUUAGGAUUUACAUUCUCCGCAACUUGAGUAAGAUUUGAUGGUUUUCUACUAUUUGUAUGGUGACGUAUAGUCCAUAUCCACAUAGUACGUGACCAUAUUACCAAUAUAUUAAUGUUAGUUUUUUUUUGAGAGCGUUAAUGGAAGAACUUUUACUUAGACCGAGGAGAUUGUAAAUUUGAAUCUGGCUAACACCAAAAAACUUUGUAUCAUUUGAUAUUUGCAACUGAUUGUCCAGUGAUGGAAACACCGAUA